AUGUUCCCUGGAAGUCUUCAUAAAAAAUACGCCCUAACAUGCACGGAUAUUGGUCACGCUUCGGAGGGCAAAGGAAGCAAGCACGUGGGGACCUUCAUCUGCCGGUCAAUGCAAGCGCGCUCUUCCGCGGCUUGGCCUCGCGCUCCGAGGCUGUACUUGCAUAUAAAACUCCGCGCGGGCCACACGCCCCUCAUCCGUCUUUCAACCACACUGCCACAUAGUGUUAAGUUUCCCCAAACGACGCCCACGUCCACCAUGAAAAUUGCCAUUGUAUUCCUCACCGUCUGCUGCCUAGUCGUCGUCCGAGGCCAGUUCUUCGACGGUUUCGACUCCUCCUUCCGGGGCUUCGGGGGCGGCUUGGACUCCCCCUUGCAAGCGACCAGAGACCCCAGACAGAACCCAGGACCCGUGGUGUUCCCUCCCGCGCCCCCAGACAACGGCGAGACCAGCGGCGUCGUCGUGGGCGCCUCCGGAUACGGCUUCGUGCCCCCGGGUUCGAGAUUUAGUUCGCAGUAUUUCACCUUCUUCUGAUCUCCGCCUUUCAGCAUCAGAACUGCCAUUGUAAAAUAGUUUCCGAAGAGUUUCUUUGAUGUAAAUACGUCUAUAUUAGAACAAUUGUACAACUUUUUCUAUUUAAUGACAAUUUGUAAUUAUUUAAGUUAGGCUAAGUAUUUAAUUGUAGUUAGCUCUCUUGCAUUUGUCGACAUGUGCAAUGUUAUUUAUUAAAGUUGUUUUACAUAAA